GCAAUUGAAUUUCAAUUUCCCCAAAGGGCUUAAUAUCUCACCGCAUUUGUGCUUAGCCUUAUGUCAUAGUGUCUUACCACUUCUAUAUUCCCCCAAACUCUUCCUCUCUCUCUUCCUCUCUCUCCCCCCCAAACCCUAACUCCCAACCCCAUUCCCCACCUUCCGUUUCCGUCAUGAAAGGUGGCAAGUCGAAGACCGAAUCGAAGAGAGCUGAUGCCAAACUUGCUGUGAAUAAGAAAGGUGGCGCCGCCACCAAGGGUAGCAGGAAACCAAGCAAGGGGAAGGCAGCCAAAGACCCUAACAAGCCAAAGAGACCUCCCAGUGCUUUCUUCGUUUUCAUGGAGGAAUUUAGGAAACAGUUCAACAAGGAGAAUCCAGACAACAAAGCAGUAUCUGCUGUGGGCAAAGCUGCUGGAGCAAAGUGGAAGUCUUUGUCUGAUGCUGAGAAAGCACCAUAUGUUGCAAAGGCAGAGAAACGAAAGGCUGAUUAUGAGAAGAGCAUGAGAGCCUAUAACAAGAAACAAGCUGAAGGUCCUACUGCAGGAGACGAAGAAGAAUCUGAGAAAUCAAUAUCUGAGGUGAAUGAUGAGGAUGACGACGAGGAUGAUGAUGGCGAGGAGGAUGAUGACGAGUAGCAACUGGACUGAGGAUAGUAUUUAUCUAGGUUGUUCUGAUGAUCUAUCAUCGUACUUGGAUGGUUUGGUCGUUGGGUCGCUUCCUGAUAAACAUAUUUCUUGCUUCCGGAAAAUAUUCCCUGAUCCCUCAGUAAUUUUGUUUUGUCUUUCCAAAACGAUAGUGAAAAGAAGGGGGUUGACCUUUAUUUGUACUUUUAAUUUCAACUGUUUAGUUAAGGGGUGUUUAUCUUUGUAGAGCUUUUUAGUUUGAUUUAUCUUUUCUUGAUGAAAUCUGGUUAUGUUUAUAUCAAUAUAAUUGGCUCAUCAUUUCCUUC